AAUUGUUUGUGUCCCGGUAUGAUGUCUUUAGAAAAGGUUGAUUAGUGCUUUGUUCUGUACUUUAAAAUUUGCCUGACUGGUGUGUAAGUUGGUAUACUUAAAGUUGGGUCUUAUUUCUAGCACAACCGUAACCCCUCUUGUGUUAUUGUGACUGACUGGACAGGACAUGCUUGUUUCUUUGUAUUUUGCUUAUAUAAAUAAAAGUCUAUCGGUGGUGAAUCCUAUAUUUUUUCUGGGCAUUUUGGAUGUGCUAAUUUUUUCUUGGGAAAUAAUCUGUUUCUCUGUGAUAAUGAAAAUAACUUAUUUAUAUCAUGCUUUCAUUGUGUGACUAUUUUUGGAGUGAAUCUGGGUUUUUUAGUUUGUGGAUAUUGCUGGUACCUCUAUGUAAGUGAUAAUUUUUGACGUCUGAAUCUGCAUAUAUGAAUGUUUUAUCUUGUAGCAAAGGGCAUGCAGUUUUAUUUAUUUAAGAAGAAGAAUAAUUAUGCAUGUGGUAGCUUAGUUGCUCUUCUUUGAUUCCAUCUAUCAACAAUUGAAGUGUUUUGUAUUUUUUAUUAAUUAUAUUUCCAUAUUAUUCAUAUGAGAUGCGAUGUCAUCCUUUCUAUAUGAGGGCUUUGAUUUAGUGCCAGUGAAGUUACAGAACCACGUUGAAUGCUUGAGCUGUAACGUAUUACAGCAUUGGAAUAAUAUAAGGACGCUUUUUUCUUUGGUUGCGUGACCCCAAGUUGAUGCAGUGCCUCCUUUGUUCCAUUUGAUUGAGCGGACUAGACGCUUUUAUCAGUAACCUUGAUACAUAGGAUUUGUUGAGUCUUGAGGCAUGGACAAUCAGAAAAACGAACACGAAAAGUCUACUUCUUCAGCUGCUACUGCCACAGCUGUUACCUCAUGUCGGAAGAAGAAGAAUGAGCAAGCUACGUUCUUGGAGGAUUUGAAGGAUCAUGUUGAUGAGUUUAUCCAUGCUUCUAUGGAUGAACACAAAACUUGCUUUAAGAAAACCAUUCAAAAGAUGUUUGGUUUGUCCAAAGUUGUUGCGGAAAGGAGCUCUGAUACUACCAAAGAAGUUGAAAGCUCUCUACCUCUGCGGACAACUGUACAAGAGUAGAAUCCCAAGACUUUGAUCCUUUCGUUUGGCAAUACCCCGUAUGCACGUAGGUUAAAUGCAUAGAAGCUCUGAGGCCCAAAAAUAAAUUUGAGAGGCCUCAUCUCCCUGUGUUGUUUCAUGUCAGCCAUGUAAAUCCCCCCCCCCUCCUUGGUUUCUUUUCUUUUAUAUUUCCCGUCCUGUUGAGAGCUGAACUUGGUGGUGGUAGUUACUUACCCUGAACAAGUGGUUUUAUUGAAUCUGGUAGCACUUGAAUUCCAACAAUCCGGUCCGUUUCUGUAAAAGUUGAGCAGUUUUGUAACGUACUUUAUAACUUAGUUGUUCA